AUGAGUUGCGCUGCUGUUGAUUCUCCAGAAAAGUUUGAGCGCGAAACCGACUUCCAGCUAGCCACCAAUGAGGAGGGCGCCGUCGUUUACUGGACCGGGAAGAGCACACUUGCACGUGCGCUUUCCCAUCUGCUUGACUUGGAUUGGAUUAAUCAAGACAACUGCGGAAAUGCCCGGAACUACCAUCGCAGGAUAAGCACCAAUCAGAAUCCGAAAGGGCUAAUAGCUGACAAGUGCCAUCAUCUCGCUCAACAUCGAGUUAAACUUUUCCGCGCACUGAGUCCCACCGACGCGCUUGUGUUAAUUAUUAUUCAAUCUCCACGUGACGAGGACACCCUGACGCACACGGCUGCUUUGGCGUUCGAACGUAUCAAACUUCGAGGAUUGGGCCAUACUUCCUUGAUCGACCACAAAACUGCGCGGCACGUUAUUGGUCGAUUUGCACGAGAACUUGAACCUUUUACUUCUGAGGAGUUGAGCAAAGCUUCGUUAGUUAUUCAUUUGGAUCCCCGUCUCGAUUCAUUAUCUCUUUUAAUGCAACUUCUUAAAGAACUUAAAAAAAUUUGUCGUGAAAUCCAAAGUUUUACUAAAGAAGAAAUGGAAAGUGCUUUGAAAAGCUCGAGCGAGUACGAGAAGAACUUGGCAAAAAGAAACACUUCCUUGUAUAAAAUAGUCUAUUAUUCACUGGAACUGGAUGAAGAAAGUAACGGAGCCAUUAGAGAGCAUAUUCCUCCGCUUGUGAAGAAUUUAGUUACCGGCUGCACCUUCCCUAAAGAUUUCCAUAUCACUUUAUUGCACGAUGAAGAUAAAAGUAUACCUCCUUCACAGAAAAAACUGUUGGAAGAAAGAUUAGAGCGUGAGGCAUAAAAUCUUCCAUUCAACCAAUAUAUAUAUAUUAUUUUGAUAUUUGCUAGAUUGAAAAGGGAAGCAUGUGGGAAGUCAUCGUAAGCCGCGUGGCCUAUAAUAGUCACGUGGCUGCCAUCAUUCUUGAUUCCAGUCAGCUGGGAGGUUUAGUAGACGGGCCUCUGCAGUUCGUUCAUAUAACUGUUGCUUUGGGAUUGAACCCAGAAUCUCAGAAACGGGCUUGCCCUGUAGAAAGCCAUAAUCUGCGUGAUCCGACCAAAAGAUCGCUGAUUACUU